AAAAAUACUAGUAAUAUCAAUACAAGAUACCACCAUCUCAAUCACGUAUUCUUUUUUGGACUUCUAUGAAUGACUAAAUACGUUAAUGUUUGAAACAAAAUUAAUUAAGUUAUGUCAUCUCUUCGGCUGUGUCAGUUUGUCUUAACCUAUUUUUUGUUUGUUUGACUGUGUAUCUUAACCUUAAACACCUCAGCCAUUUUCACUCCAAGACAUACAUCAAAGAGCUUCUGCAAAAAUGCUCAAUCUCCCCUUUCUUCUGUUUCUACCUGUUAUUGUCUUCAUCGUCCUCAACAAACUUUUGAGCUCUCUAUCUUCAAAACACCGUCUUAAUCUUCCUCUUCCUCCAGGUCCUAAGCCAUGGCCUAUCUUAGGCAACAUUCCCCAAAUCGAGAGAAACUUACAUAUCUGUAUGGCUAACUUUGCUAAAGCACAUGGCCCUCUGAUCCUGCUAAGACUUGGCAAGCAAGUUGUUGUGGUCGGAUCAACUCCUGAGGCGGCCACUGAAAUUCUCAAGAAUCAUGACCGUUUGCUGUCUUCUAGAUUUGUUGUUAAAGCAAUUCCUUGGGAGCCUCGUGUUCUUGAACGCGUAGCGAUUGUUUGGAAUCCUCAUUGUAAUGAUCAAUGGAAAAUGUUCCGAGCCUUGUGCAGGACUGAACUCUUUUCUGCAAAAGCAAUUGAAUCACAGGCCGUCUUGAGGGAGAAGAAGCUAGCGGAGAUGGUGGAAUUCUUGGCUAUGAAACAAGGACAAGCAGUGGAUGUUGCUGAAGUUGUAUUCGGUACUAUUUUCAAUACUAUUUCUAAUCUCAUAUUCUCAAGGGAUUUACUUGAUUUGGAACAUCAAGGGGGUGGAGUAAAAAGUUUGCUGUGGAGCAUGAUGGAACUGGCCACUUCUCCAAAUAUAGCUGAGUUCUAUCCUAUCUUAGCACCCUUGGAUCCUCAAGGUCUUAAAAGAAAAAUGUCAAAAUGCCUUGAAGAGAUGUUUGGUGUAUGGGAAAUUUACAUCAAGCAAAGACGACAAACAUAUGAAAAGGAUGCUCCCAAAACAGAUUUCCUGGAUGUUUUCCUUUCAAAUGGAUUUGAUGACCAUCAAAUCAAUUGGUUGGUUGUGGAAUUGCUGAGUGCAGGCACAGACACUUCUAGCACAGCCGUAGAGUGGGCAAUGGCAGAGCUUCUCAAGAACAAAGAAGCCAUGAAAAGGGUGAGUGAAGAGCUAGACAGAGAAAUCAACAAAAGCCCAAUUAAGGAAUGCCAUGUUGCCCAACUUCCAUAUCUAAAUGCAUGUGUAAAGGAAACACUAAGAUUACACCCUCCUGCUCCAUUCCUUAUUCCUCGCCGUGCUACCGAGGAUUGUGAAGUUAUGAAUUACACAGUUCCAAAAGAUUCACAAGUAUUGGUUAAUGUUUGGGCCAUUGGACGCGAUCCCUCUGCUUGGGAAGACCCGUUAUCGUUCAAACCUGAAAGAUUUCUUGGAUCAAGUUUCGACGUGAAGGGUCAUGAUUUUGAGCUAUUACCAUUUGGUUCAGGAAGGAGAGUCUGUCCAGGACUAGCAAUGGCUACAAGGCAACUGCCGUUGAUUUUGGCUUCUUUGAUACAUUGUUUUGAUUGGUCUCUUCCAAAUGGUGAGGAUCCUGCAAAGCUAGACAUGACUGAAAAGUUUGGAAUAACAUUGCAGAAACAACAUCCUCUGCUCAUUGUCCCCAAACCUAAACCUUAAAUUCAACAGUAUGCAUUCUUGUAUUGUGUGAUUAUCGUUUAUGAAAUAAGCAGCGUUGACUUAGCUGCUUAGCUUACUAUCAAUUUGUAUUUUGUACUAUUAAAGUACUAAACUAUGAGCUGGUUAGAGAUUUGUUUCUUAAA